AUGCGAUUCUGGAAUACUUUGGUCCCAAUUGGUCUACUUCCUGUCAUUGCCGCUGAUUUCCACCUUGGACAAUGGAUUAGGAUUACAAACGAUGCGAGGUGGGCUCAAUCAUGGCGUAUUCUAGUCCCAUCAGCACUUGACCUGUGCUCUAAGAUAGGGGACGUGGUAGGGACCCCCGAUGUCGCUGCCAUAGCCUUCGGGGGGAGUCAGGAGGUUCAAAUUUGCGGGGUUACGAUUACGGUUUCCUAUGACAUGAUGCGGUGGAACAGCACCAAUGCUAGCGGAGAGUGUACCCGAAUCGGUCAUGAUCCAACUUGGGAUGUGGAGUAUUUGCAUGCCGGAAAUGAUGGUGUUGGAGCAAUUUUGACUUACCUGCGUGACCGCUCGAUUGUCGGCAUCGCCCGACCUGAAGAGCUCCCACUCCACGUUGGGACUGGCCACCCCGAGUCUCCCUAUCCUUACCUCCUUCCACGAAACACGUUGCAACAUGAUGAACCGACGGAGCAGACGGAAUUACAUGCCACGGUAAAAAGGUCUAAUGAGACCAAGAAAAGAGACCUCACCUCAGUUCACGAUAGUGUAACUGAGGAGAGAGGAAAAAACGGUCGCAACGAGUGGCUUUUAAGCCUACAACGCCGCCUAUCAACAAGAAAGAUGGAUUGGGAAUUCUGGAAAAUCUCCUGCGGCUGGUGAGUCCGUGCGCCAUAAUAGUGGGACGUCGACCUUGUCUCUAAUA